AUGUCUUCGAAUCCAUAUGAAGGUUCUGAUGCUGAUGCUGGUGCUGGUGCUGGUAUUGGUGCACCUUAUGACAAUGAAGCUAAUGACAAUAUUCAUAAUCAAGAUACAUUUUUAUCUCGCAUAUUUGGCUUAAACUCGAUAUAUAACCAACUACAGGAUAAUUAUCAAUAUUACGACCCUGAGUAUGAUAGUGCUUAUCAACAGGGUCUUUCUAGGAGUAUAAAUCAACAGGAGGAGGAAGAGGAGCAAAGAUUGGGAAUGUUGAUGCCAAUGGUUAAUGACCAAAAAGAAGGGUUGUUGUCUUCAUCACCAAAGGAAACUUUUCCCUUGGAGAAUUUGGUAAAUAAUGACGAGUCUAAAAGAAAAAUGGAUACCAACUCAACCAGUCUCCUUGACUCGGAGUCAGACUCAGAUCUAUCAUCUAGCUCAGAGUCGUUGGUAACAAGAGCUAAGCUUCGUGAUAAGCCACAGCUUGUAACAAAGCAACCCCAACUGCACUUGGAUCCAGAGCCAUUAGAGCUGCGACCGAGUAUAAAGUUUCAAAUCCCUCAACGGGCAAAAUCUAUAAUGCACAAAUUCAAAGAUCCGGGUUUACCCUUGUACAACAAAACAGAACUGUACAGAAAACCACAACAGAAGCCAUACGUGAAUACAAAUUAUAAACCAUCUACAACCCCAAGAUCCGUAAGAGUGGUUAUUCCGCCAAAGGAACGAGCAUUAUACCUUUGGGCAAAUAUAACAAAUAUGGAUGAAUUCUUAUGUGAUGUUUAUUACUAUUACCGUGGUCGAGGAUUGUUGAAUAUUGUAUUGACUAGAGUAGUUGAUUUAUUGAUUCUUAUAUUCAUUAUCACUUUCACCAUUUUCCUCAAAUGGGGUAUUGAUUAUUCCAAAUUUGUUGAAAAUUAUCAUGAAGAACAUCACCUUGUAUUAUCAGAUUUAAUUAUCCCACGAUAUUACCAUACUGUUCCAUUUUUGGUCAAGUUUUUGGUAUUUGGGUUCUCCAUAUACGUUGUGCUACGAUCAGUCCAAUUAUAUUUUGAUUACAACUACAAAUUAAAAGAGAUCAAGAAUUUCUACCAUUAUUUGUUGAAUGUUGGUGAUACUGAAUUAAUGACAAUUAGUUGGAAAACAAUUGUUGAGAGACUCAUGCUAUUGAAAGAUUACAAUAGCCUAACAUCAACUCAUCCUAUAGAAAAUCACUACAUUAAUGAUUUGUCGUCCAAAGUUAGAUUGAAUGCACAUGACAUUGCGAAUAGGAUAAUGAGAAGAGAAAAUUAUAUGAUUUCAUUAAUAAACAAGGAUAUUUUAGACUUGUCAGUGUUAUUUAUGAAUGAGAAAUCGGUAUUAACUAGAACACUUGAGUGGAACUUGAAAUUGUGUAUUGAUAAUUUUGUCUUCAACAAACAGGGACAAAUCAACGGCAGUAUUUUAAAAGAUUACAAUCGAAAUCAGCUAGCUAGAGAACUCACAUCUCGACUCAAACUAGCAGCAAUGAUAAAUGUCGUGUUAUGUCCCUUUAUUGUCAUCUACUUUGUCCUUUUAUCCUUCUUUAGAUACUUUAACGAGUAUAAAUCAAAUCCAAGUUCACUUAUUGGGUUGAGACAAUAUACGCCUUUUGCAAGAUGGAAAUUAAGAGAGUUCAAUGAAUUGCCACAUUUUUUCAACAAAAGGCUACAAAUGUCACAAGCUGCUGCAAAUACGUAUAUUGACCAGUUCCCCAAGGGAUUCUUUGUCAUUAAUGCAAUGAAAUUAGCCAAUUUCAUAUCUGGGUCCAUAUUAGCCAUUUUGGUUAUCUUGGGAUUAUUAUUGGAAAACGAACUGCACUCAUUUUGGUCAUUUGAAAUCACCGACGGAAGGUCAACUUUAUUUUAUAUUAGUAUAUUUGGUACUUUGUGGGCUAUGACUUCGGCAUCAUCAAGUCCAGAACAGAUACAACUGGGCCAAAAUUAUAAUCAAAAUACAUACAUAUAUGACCCUGAAGCUAACAUUCGAUAUGUUUCUCAAUUCACUCAUUAUUUACCAAGUUCAUGGAAUAAAAAGCUUCAUACUAUUCAAGUCAAGAAUGAGUUUUGCCAAUUGUACUCACUCAAAAUAAUCAUUAUCAUGAAUGAAAUAUUGAGUCUCAUCUUGACUCCGUUCAUACUUUGGUUUAAAGUAUCCAAAAACAGCGGGGCCAUUAUUGAUUUUUUUAGGGAGUACAGCAUACAUGUUGACGGACUAGGUUAUGUUUGUUAUUUUGCAAUGUUCAAUUUCGAAGAGAAAGAUAAGAAUAUGAUGCUGGGUAAACAGAGACGUCGUCGUCAAAAGAAGAAGAAGAAUAAAAAGAGCAAGAAAACAUUAAAUAAAAUAUCUAGUAAACCAAAGAGUAAGGUCUCCAAGAGUGACGACGAAGAAGAGGAGCAUGGUGAUAUUGGGGGAAAGUUCAACAAUACAAUACAUUCUUUAUCAGAAGAUUCUAAUUGCGAUUCCGAUUCCGAUUCCGAUUCAGAUUCCGAUUCAGAUGACGCAUUGGCAUACUUGCAAAACGAUGACAAGAUGAUAAAGUCGUACAUGUACUUUCUUAAAUCAUAUGGUGGAAGUGCCGAACAACCAACUGCGUCUUCCUCACAUCAUCACCGUAUCCAUCAUCAUCGUCGUACACCUCAAACACAGCCUGCUAUAUAUCAACAAUUAUCCAAGGUGAACCAACAGCAAACUACCGAUCUACUUUUAUCUCAAGAUGCAGCAAGUUUAAGUGAUUCAAUAUAUAAAGCCGAUUACAAAAUCGAUGAUUCAGAAAUAUUCAAUACUGUGGAUCCCAACUUUAAGGAUAAAUCUAAAAGGAAAGGUGGUGUUUUGGGAAUGUUGAAUCAAUUUUACAAACAAGAAAUUGGCCAAAACGCUCGUGUUUAG